GGUAAAAUUACCGUGGAUCCACGGUAAAAAAUUACCGUGUAUCCACGGUAAAAAUUACCGUGUAUCCAAGGUAAAAAAAUUACCGUAGAACCACGGUAAAAAUUUACUGUGGAUCCACGGCAAUUUCUGAAGAUUUUUGCUUGACGAAGAAGAUGUUUGAUUUCCGAAGUGCGCGAAGAACCACCUUUUUAAUGUAGAUGUGCGGUAAAUGACAUUUUUUUUUUAAACGACUUCAAAGAAAACUAAGAGGUUAUCUAUUCGACAUGUACAUAUGUCGUAUGUGUGUAUGUAUGUAUAUUUGUUAAUUGUAUAUGUAUGACAUAAACAAGAACACUAAUCAGAGAAGAGACGGAGAUUACGAGCUUGCCCAUUCAGAUAACAUACUCAGAAAGCGUUUUAAAGAAAUUCUCGAUGCGAAAUUAACAUAUGAUAACAUUAUAACAAGGCACAGACCUCUGUCUACUUUAACUGAGCCAACCCAGAACCCAGAGAUACCGAUCGAUUUAACUCGCCAAUUCCCGAAUAGCAGCACUGAUUCAGCUCAUAACCGUUUGCCGGAAAAGGUCGUCCUGGAAGAAGAAAAUCCCAAAACCCCACCUUCCGCUGCUGACCACAAAGAAACGCCUUUGGUGAUGCCAUCUUUACAGCUUCAAACUUGUAGCAAGAUUAACGAGGCGACAAUUGAUACUCUUUUUGGAAUAAAAGAUGUUUGUAAUGUCGGAAAGCCUAGAGGAGCCCCCAAAGGCCGAAGGACCACAGUGGCUGGGAUACCGCUCCCAAAGGAAGAAGGGAACAAACGAUUGCUACAACAGCAUCAACGCGCUGGAGGCAGAGAGGUGGCUAGAGGUCAACGAGCGUCCAGGGGUAGAAGUCGUGGGGCAACUCAAAGUUGGGGCCCAAAAAAAUUGGACGACGACAAAGUUGGUGGAGUAGCCUUUGAUACAAAAAAUAAUGACACCAAACUUGAGAUGAUGCUGAAAUGGCUACUGAUGUCAAAUUAUGUGAAAGGACGAGAUUUCACGUCUUCAAAAAUCAAAAGCAGCGAAAUCGACACUGCCACUUUUGAACGAUUCUUUCAUUUAAUGCCGUGCAUGGCGAAAGAUACAUUUGAAACAUUUUUGGUUACUCUUGGAAUGAAAAGAGCUAAAGAUGAUUACAAAUGUGCUUCUUGCUGUGAUGUAUCAAAAAUUGCAUUGGCCGGCAUAAUUCUAGACGAUUAG